AUGGCAACAAUUACCGCAAAAAAACCAUGUGCUAAAUGUAGUAAAGGUAGUGGUGUCACUACAUGUGAUGGAUGUCAACAAUCAUUUUGUACGAAACAUUUUGUUGAACAUCGUCAUGAACUUUCUCAACAGAUGAACAAUAUUACUCAAGAACAUGGUUUACUUCGACGAGAUUUAUCGAAAGAAAGUCCAAAACAUCCAUUAUUAAAUCGUAUUGAUACAUGGGAACGUGAAUCAAUCAGUAAAAUACAAGCAGCAGCUGAAACAGCUCGAGUUGAUCUUCGACAAUUACUUGAUCGAACCCAGAAUGAUUUGAAAACAUCGGUAGAAAAACUAACUAAUGAACUUAAUUCAUGUCAACAAUCGGAUGACUUUACAGAAAAUGAUCUUAAACGAUGGAGUGAACAACUAAAAGAAUUGCGUAAAAAUCUUGAUACUCCAUCAGCUAUAUUUAUUGUUAAUGAUGAUGAUAUGAAAUCAUCUAUUCGUUUAAUUCGAGUUUGUGACAAACAACAAAAACAACAAAUUCAACGUCCUUGUACUCCUGUAAUUCGAACACUCGAACAUCGUAUUCAUAGUGUGAAAGACUCUGUUUGUAGCAUUAAUGAAAAAUUUGGAGACAUUGACGGAAAGGCUACUUUAUCUGAAGAUAAUCUUAUUGUUACUUGUUGUUUAGCAUCUAUAUUAACACAACCAAUUAUUUAUGGUGUUAAUCGAUAUUCUACUGGAAAACAUCAAAUUCGUUUUCGCAUUGAGAAAAUGGGAGAUUUACGUUUAUUUUUUGGAAUUAUUCGAUCAUUAGAAAAUAUUAGUAGAUCAAGUCAAGCUCAGAAUAAUAAUAAUUCUCUUUAUGGUUGGUGGGAUCUUAAUGAAGCUAUUAUAAAUGGAAAAGUACAAACAACUAAAUAUAGAAAUAUCGUAUCAUCAGGUGAUGAACUUACAUUAAUAUUAGAUUGUGACAAUAAACAAAUUCAAUUACAACAUCAUCGAACAAAAAGAUUAGCACAACUUUUAAUCGAUCUUAAUAAAUGUCCAUUUCCGUGGAAAAUAGUCAUAAGACUUCAAUCAGCCGGUGAUUGUGUACGUAUUCUUCAGUAA